GGCUUUUCUUCCCGCCCCUUGCAGUUCACAUCCAGACCUCCCGGGCUCUCAUGGUGAUUUCUCUCCUCUUGGGCUUCUUUGGCAUCAUUGUGAGCGUGGUGGGCAUGAAAUGCACCAAGGUUGGUGAAGAGGAUCCCGUAACCAAGAGCCGCAUCGCUGUUGCUGGAGGUGUCCUCUUCAUCCUCUCUGGUCUGUGCACGUUGGCUGCCGUGUCCUUGUACGCAACACGGGUGACCUACGAGUUCUUCAGAGAGAGCAGUGUCCCCAUGAACGCCAGGUACGAGUUCGGCUCAGCUCUGUUCAUCGGCUGGGGGGCCACCGGCCUCACCGUGCUGGGGGGCUCCCUCCUGUGCUGCUCCUGCCCCCCCAAGGAGCGGCGAGGACAGCGCUGCUACCGGCAGUCACAGCCUUCCACAGCGCGGGAGUACGUCUGA